AUGUCCCUGCCGUCGGGAGAGGCAGCCCCCGGGCAGAGCGGCGCGGAGACAGGGGGCUGCCCGACCCCCCCGGGGGACGCGCCCCAGGGCUGUGCCCGGGAGAGGGGAAGCCCCGGCGCUGGGGAUGGAGCGGGGCCGGGCGAGGAGCCCCGGGACCCGGGCAGGACGGCGAAGAAGAAGCGCUACAGCCGGCACCGCAAGCCGCCCUACACCUACCUGGCCAUGAUCGCCCUGGUGAUCCAGGCCUCGCCCGGCAGGAAGCUGAAGCUGUCCCAGAUCAUCCAGGAGAUCGGCGCCCUCUUCCCCUUCUUCACGGCAGGCUACCAGGGCUGGAAGGACUCCAUCCGCCACAACCUGUCCUCCAACCGCUGCUUCUCCAAGCUGCUGAAGGAUCCUGCGAAGCCCAAGGCCAAAGGGAAUUUCUGGACGGUGGACGUGAGCCAGAUCCCCCCGGACGCCCUGAAGCUGCAGAACACGGCCAUCUCCCGGCAGGAGGCAGCCUCCUUCGCCAGCGACCUGGCCCCCUUCAUCCUGCACGGCUGGCCCUAUGGCUGCCAGGGGCCACAGCACCAGCCGCAGGGCACCAGGGCCCCCUCCACCAACGCCAACUCCGACAACGAGGAGAGCAGCUACCAGCUCAGCGAGGUGGCAAGGCCGAGCAGCUCCUUCACCAUCGACUCCCUCCUCAGUGACUUCCAGGAGGUGGGUCUGUCUGGGAAGCCCCGGGAGGCCGGGGGGCAGCCCCAGCCCAUACAGCCCCCACCUAGCCAGCCAAAGGGAGACUCCGUUCCCAUCAGCAUGGACCUGUGGGGCCCAGUCCCCAUCUUCCGCGUCUCCUCCGGGCCCCCAUCGCUGCCCUGGCGACCCCCGGGCACUCUGGCUGCACCGCGGUCUUUCUCCUCCUCCUCCAGCAGCAUCUCCACCCUCAGCUCCUUGUCGUCCGACGAGAAGGAACCCGGCAGCCAGCGGUCAAAGCAGGCACGAGGCCCCCGCACCCCGGCCAAGCGCCCCCGGCUACUGGCCGCCCGCGAGAGCAGCAGUUCCAGCUCGGACUCCGACGGCUCUGGAGGCUGCACCCCGGCUCCGUCGCCCACGUUGGUCCCCGGGCCAUGCUGGGAGCAGCUCCCCACCUCCUACACCAAGUGCGUGGCCCCCAACGUUGUGGCUCCUCCAAGCGGCCCCCCGUUCUUCGCCUUCCCCUCCGUACCGGGCCUGCCUUACUACAGCUACAGACCCCCCAGCUACGUCAGCCCGGUGUACUGGGACCUGAGGCCGGGCCCCUCGGUGGCCCCCAGGCAGCAGGGCCCACAACUGCCCAGCCUCUCGGUGGACCUGGACCACACGGUGCAGGGCAUGCCCCCCAACAAGAGCGUGUAUGACGUGUGGGUGAGCCAUCCAGGAGACAUCGUGCACCCAGCAUUGUACAGCCAGGGCCCCGUGCCCAGCAGCAUGGCCCUGACCCGCUACGACUCCCUGUGA